AUGCUAAGAUGUAUAUUCAUCAACAAGACCUCAAUUGGUCGAUUGUUACUUCAUACUCAACCAUCUCAACAGUUUGCUAGACGCACCUUGAUAUCGUUGUCUUCAACAUGUAACAACAAGUCAUUAUCAACGAUACAUCAACACAACAUAUAUAGUAGUAAUAGUACCAGAAGAUCAUAUACUAGUACAAAGCAAUUGGAUAAGAAUAACUUGUUUGAUGGAUCAGAUGAUGCUAUAACAGUGGAUGGAUACAGUCAACAGGGAUUCAGUGUCAAUGGAGUGUUGCUACCUGGUCCCAUCGUAGUCAUGCCCAAAGCACUACUCCUUUGGGAUGUACACGCAUGCUCCGAUAUAACAGUCGAUAGUCUUGCUGUACUAUCAGUGAUUGAUCCUGCAAUAGGAGAGAAUAGAAUACCAUUGGAUGAAGAGUUAGUAUUUGAGAUCAAACGAAGAUAUAACACAGCAGUUGAGAUCAUGUCCACGGUCAAUGCACUGGGCACUUACAACAUCUUGUCCGAGGAGGGCAGGAAGGUGGCUGUGUUUUUGUUGCCAAUGGUACCUUGUCGCGAAGCCAAGGACACAUAUUAUGUAUCAAAGAAGGAUUAUGAAGACUUGCAAGUGGAUAACAGCCUGUCAUCAAGCAAACAAACAUCAACGUCCAUAUCAGACGGUCCAGAUUAUGAGCCACAAAGCUUCAAGAGCGAGUACAAGCCAACCAAGAACAUAGAGGAGGCUGCAAAGCAUCAGCCAACACUGCUAGGUCGCACUCUAAUAUGGAUCGCAGAGAGGCUGGCGCCAAAGGACAAGAACAAGAACAAGAAACAAUGA